AUGGUCCUUCACAACCCCAACAACUGGCACUGGGUCAACAAGGAUGUGUCCGAGUGGACACGUCAGUGGCUCAACGACAACCUGACCAAGAUUGAAGCCAAGGAGGGCGACGUCGAGGUCAAGAUCUCGUCUGUCCAGACCAUGGAUGGCGAUGUCGACGUCAGCCAGCGCAAGGGCAAGGUCAUCACAAUCUUUGACGUGAAGCUCGUUCUCGAAUAUUCUGGGUCUGCUCCCGAUGCUGCUGAUGUGUCGGGCACCAUCACUGUUCCCGAGAUUGCCCACGACACUGAGGAGGACGAGUAUGUCUUUGACAUAGACCUCUUCUCCGAGUCCAAGGAGAAGCAGCCGGUCAAGGACCUCGCCAAGUCCAAGCUGGUGCCCCAGCUGCGCUCGGCCUUCCAGAAGAUUGCCCCGACGCUGAUAGAGACGCACGGCAAGGAGCUCCAGCACGCCGCGGACGCCGACCCAUCCAGGAACUUCCCACCCGCGAAGACACMCCCGCAAAAGGGCAGCGAGACGGUCAGCCAGUCGACGUCCUCGUCGGCCCAGAAGACGGGCUCCAUCGUCAACACCACGACGGUGACGGACCAGCAGGAGUUCCGCACCACGGCCGAGGAGGCCUACAAGACGUUUGUCGACCCGGCCCGCAUCGCCGCCUUCACGCGCGCCCCACCCAAGCUGUUCGAGGGUGCCCACAAGGGCGGAAAGUUCGAGCUUUUUGACGGCAACGUGGCCGGCGAGUACGUCGAGCUCGACGAGCCCAAGCGUCUGGUGCAGAAGUGGCGCCUCAAGCAGUGGCCAGCCGGCCACUACUCCAGCCUCCGCAUCGACUUUGACCAGAAUGACGUCGACCAUGUUACCGUGAUGCGCGUCACCUGGGAUGGCGUGCCCAUCGGCCAGGAAGAGGUGACCAAGCGCAACUGGUCCGAGUACUACAUCAGGAGCAUCAAGCAGACGUUUGGCUUCGGCACGAUUCUGUAG